GUUGUCCUGGAGUUGAGUUCAUGGGCUUGCAUGAUGAGAAUAAUGCAGUGAUCAAGAUCAGCUUUGUUCCCAACCAAUGCCAAAUUGUCACAUUACUAGAUGACAACAGCCUGCACUUGUGGUCCUUCAAGCAGCAUGAUGGAGUGUCUGAGCUGCACGAGGAGAAGAAGUUUACCCUUCGUGGACCUCCAGGAUCACCUCCUAGUAUAACACAAAUUAAAGUGCUGCUAGCACACUCUUCUGGUGAAAGACUAUAUGUUGGUACAGAGGGAGGCAGUGUUUUGGCCAUCACUUUACCAAACCUGCAAGUAGUAGAAGAAAAGACAAUUGAGCACGAUACGGCAUUGAAAGAUCUGCCAAAUGAUUAUGCUAAUAGACGUCCAUUUGAGUCAGUGGAAGCCUUACAGGAGCACCCUAGGAACCCUGAUAAGCUUCUGGUUGGCUACAGUCGUGGCCUUAUGAUAGCAUGGGAUACGUCAACUGGAUUAAUUGUGCGGCAUUUCCUGGGCACACAGCAACUGGAAAAUGUCUUCUGGUGCCGGGAUGCACAGCAAAUAAUAAGUUGUCAUAAUGAUGGAGCGUACAAUCAGUGGGAUGCUACUGGGGAGAGCAUCCAACAGUCUCCUAUGGAGAGUAAAGUGCCAUAUGGUCCCUUUCGCUGCAAGGCAAUCGGUAAAAUAACCUGGCUCACGGCACGUAGGACGUCACCAUAUAUUGUGUUCCAAGGAGGUAUGCCAAUGGCAAGCUAUGGGGACCGACAUAGCAUCUCAGUUGUUAAUGGCAGUCAGCAAGUGGCAUUUGACUUCACUUCUAGGAUAAUUGACCAUAUAGUAAUUACCAACCCAGACCCUUCAGCUGAAUAUGAUGAUCCUCGUGCCCUCCUGGUACUUGCAGAGGAGGAGCUGGUGGCCAUUGAUCUACAGACAGCUGGCUGGCCAGUAAUACAGUGCCCUUACCUUGUGUCACUACACUGCUCAGCGAUUACCUGUUCCUAUCAUAUCUCUUCUAUUCCACUGAAACUAUGGGAAAGGAUAAUCAGUGCAGGCAGGAAACAGAACACUCAUUACUCUACCGUGCCAUGGCCAAUCGAUGGAGGUGUGUAUUUGACCCCAGCUCCACCUCAAAGGGAUUUGCUGCUAACAGGACAUGAAGAUGGUACUGUGCGUUUCUGGGAUGCAUCUGGUGUUUGCCUCCAGCUAUUGUACAAGAUGAGCACAGUUGGAGUUUUUCAGACUGACUCUGACCCCAACGACAACCUGAAUUCCCAUGGGGAGGAUGAGUGGCCCCCAUUAAGGAAAGUUUUUUUUGGUCCUUCUCAGGUUGGCUCUUUUGACCCAUACAGCGAUGAUCCUCGUCUGGGAAUACAGAAAAUUUACCUGUGUAAAUUCAGUGGCUACUUAUCAGUUGCAGGAACUGCUGGACAGGUUCUCGUUCUGGAGCUAAAUGAUGAGGCUGCACAGCAAGUGGUGGAGCAGACAGUGGUGGACUUGUUACAAGAACAAGAAGGCUAUCGCUGGAAAGGGCAUGAGCGCCUUCAUGCUCGAGAGGACCCAGUGCGCUUCCCUCCUGGAUUUCAGCCCUUCUCACUGGUACAGUGCCAGCCACCAGCUGCUGUUACAUCUCUAACACUACAUUCUGAAUGGAGGCUGCUGGCCUUUGGUACCAGUCACGGAUUAGGAGUGUACGAUUUCCAGCAGCGACGUCAAGUGAUGGUGAAGUGUACACUGCAUGCCAGUGACCAGCUAGCACUAGAAGGUCCUCUGUCCCGAGUGAAGUCGCUGAAAAAGUCCCUGCGCCAGUCCUUUAGGCGUAUAAGAAGAAGUCAAGUCAAUAAACGAAGGGAAGGAACUGCUACCAAAGUGCAGGAAGCAAAUGCCCGGUUUGAACAGGAGGCGUUGCAUGAGAUGGAAUUGGCCCCUGUACAACGUAGAAUUGAAGCUCGAUCAGCGGAGGAUUCCUUCACUGGAUUUGUUCGCAUUCUAUAUUUUGCAGAUACUUUUCUCCGUGACAGUUCUCGGUCUUGUCCUUCUUUAUGGGCUGGUACAAACGGUGGUACAGUUUAUGCAUUUUCUUUACGUGUGCCUCCAGUUGAGCGACGAAUGGAGGAGGCAGUAUCUGCAGCUCAGGCCAAGGAAAUCCAGCUUAUGCACAGAGCACCCGUGGUGGGCAUCCUAAUUCUGGAUGGUCACAGUGUUCCCCUACCGGAACCUCUUGAAGCUGCUCAUGAUCUCUCAAAAAGCCCGGACAUGCAGGGAAGCCAUCAAUUGCUGGUUGUAUCUGAGGAACAGCUCAAGGUGUUUACCUUGCCCAAAGUUAGCAGCAAACUGAAGCUGAAACUGACAGCGACAGAAGGCUGCCGGGUGCGCAAGGCAGCAGUGUGCAAUUUUGGCAGCUGUCGGUCGGAAGAUCACAAUGAGAAUCAUAUGACUGUCCUCACUAAUCUAGGAGAUAUCCAGGUAAUAUCGCUGCCCCACCUCAAAUCUCAAGUGCGGUAUGACUGUAUCCGGAAGGAAGAUGUCAGCGGCAUUGCAUCCUGUGUAUUUACAAAGUUUGGACAGGGUUUUUAUCUUAUAUCUCCAUCUGAAAUGGAGCGGUUUUCCCUGUCUACAUGCUGGCUCAUUGCUCCUCGCUGCAGGGUAGACCCUCCAGAGCCCCCGUGUAAUGGAAGGCUUCAAAGAGGCAGCAGUACAGACAAACAAAAUGAAAAAUCCAGGGUAUCUGGAAGGGGAGAUGGAGAUGCAGAUGCACACAGGGCCAGAGGACCACUGAUGGAACAUGCAUUGCUGAAUGAUGAGAGGAUGCUAAAGGAGAUCCAGAGUACUCUAGAAGGUUCAAGAACAAGUUUUGGUGAGAGAAACUCCCGGCACAUCACUGUAGGAAGCCGUCUCAGUAAUGGAGCAGAAUGAGAUGCCUACUGACACUGCACCUCCAUUGUGAAAACACUAAUCUGAAGUCAUCGGAGAUGGAAGACCCAGUACUUUUUCUCCAGACUUUGAAAUCGUUGCGGCCAUAUAAUGUCCAAUCUGCACAUGUUCAUUUUAGCUGAUUCUACAGGAAAUAAUUUUAUAAGUUAUAAAUUUUACUGCCUUAUUCCCCAUCCUGUACAGUCUGUGUGUAGAAAUGGAAAAUGGCCAAACUGUUUGUUUUUUUAUAAUGUUUUUUAAGGUAUUUUGAUCUUAUUGAAUUAUUUUAGGAUUACUGUUUUUAUACUGUUAAAUGUGGUGUUAACUGCCCUGAUGUUGGGUGCUUUUUAUUGGGUUCUUGUGCUUUCCAGUGAUCUUGCUGCCAUGCAAUCUAUUUUUGUAGGAAGUAACUAUUUUGUUUGUCUUGCACACCAAUAAAUUAUACAU